AUGUACGGCAAAGGCAAGAGUAACAGCAGCGCCGUCCCGUCCGACAGCCAGGCCCGGGAGAAGUUAGCACUCUACGUAUAUGAGUAUCUGCUCCAUGUAGGAGCUCAGAAAUCGGCCCAAACAUUUUUAUCAGAGAUAAGAUGGGAAAAGAACAUCACAUUGGGGGAGCCACCAGGAUUCUUACAUUCUUGGUGGUGUGUAUUUUGGGAUCUCUACUGUGCAGCUCCAGAAAGACGGGAAACAUGUGAACAUUCAAGUGAAGCAAAAGCCUUCCAUGAUUACAGUGCUGCAGCAGCUCCCAGUCCAGUGCUAGGAAACAUUCCCCCAGGAGAUGGCAUGCCAGUAGGCCCUGUACCACCAGGGUUCUUUCAGCCUUUUAUGUCACCUCGAUACCCUGGAGGUCCAAGGCCCCCGUUGAGGAUACCUAACCAGGCACUUGGAGGUGUCCCAGGAAGUCAGCCAUUACUUCCCAGUGGAAUGGACCCAACUCGACAACAAGGUCAUCCAAAUAUGGGUGGUCCAAUGCAGAGAAUGACUCCUCCAAGAGGAAUGGUGCCCUUAGGACCACAGUCUGACCCUUGGUUAUCAUUACAGAACUAUGGAGGUGCAAUGAGACCCCCACUGAAUGCUUUAGGUGGCCCUGGAAUGCCUGGAAUGAACAUGGGCCCAGGUGGUGGUAGACCUUGGCCAAACCCAACAAAUGCCAAUUCAAUACCAUACUCCUCAGCAUCUCCUGGGAAUUAUGUAGGUCCUCCUGGAGGUGGAGGGCCACCAGGAACACCCAUCAUGCCUAGUCCAGCAGAUUCAACCAACUCUGGAGACAACAUGUAUACUUUAAUGAAUGCAGUACCUCCAGGACCUAACAGGCCUAAUUUUCCAAUGGGCCCUGGGUCAGAUGGCCCUAUGGGUGGAUUAGGAGGAAUGGAGUCACAUCACAUGAAUGGCUCUUUAGGCUCAGGAGAUAUGGACAGUAUUUCCAAGAAUUCUCCCAAUAAUAUGAGCCUGAGUAAUCAGCCGGGCACUCCAAGGGAUGAUGGUGAAAUGGGGGGAAAUUUCUUAAAUCCUUUUCAGAGUGAGAGUUACUCCCCUAGCAUGACAAUGAGUGUGUGAUCCAUUACCAAGUCUCCUCAUGGAAACCACAGUGAGUCAGCCCUUCACAGAACUACUACGGAAGAAAAUUAUUCAUCACAGUGUACAGUUAAACAAAGGAAUCUCAGUCACACCAAACCAACCUUUUUAUUUCCUGCUCUCUCCCCUAUUUUGUGAAGAAAGCGGGUCCAAACGUGAUUCGAACAACUGUACGGAGCGGCGCAUUAGAAUUGCCCUCAACUGAACUGCAAAUGAUUAUCUGUGUAUGUAUAUGUGUGGGAAAGAGAAUGUAUUGUAUGUGUGUAUGUUACAUGGACACACACACAUACAUACAUUGACCCACAGGACAUUGUAAAAUAACUAUCACAUGACAUCUUACGUAGAAAUGAGUAGGGACUUUUAUUCCAUCCUUUUUUUCACGUUUACAUUUUAAUUAUUAAAAGUUGCUCCUGCCCCUCCCUGAACUAUUUUGUGCUGUGUAUAUCACUGCUUUAUAUAAGUUAUUUUUUAAGGUGAACUCAGAUGUUAUGGUUUUGUAAAUGUCUGCAAUCAUGGAUAGGAAUAAAAUCGCUUAUUUGAGAGCUUUCAUUAAAUCGCGUGUGAUGCAAGUUAUCCUGUGAAUGACAACGUGUACUAAGAAAAGAAGUGUGUCUUCAUCUUUAUGUCAAAUCAAACAAUUUCUCAGUAACCUUCAGUGAGUAUUUUUGUACUUUUUAUGUAGGAAAAAAACUUCAAAUCAACAGAAGCUUAGCUGGGGCCUAACACAGUAUAUUUCUGCAGUAACUGCUCUAGGUGGAAUUCUUGAUUUGGCUUAGAUGAUACAGAAAAUCAGUAAUUAGCCGCAGUUGCUUAGACCAUAGCAAUAAAGUGCCAGGGGUCAUCAUAUUUUUAGCAACACAUUUUCUCUUUAACACGAGAAAGCCCAGACAUAGUAACUAUUAGCUUGAAUUAGUCACUUGUCACCAGGAAUGCUAGAGCUGUUUUUUAAUAAGAUACUAAUGUGAAAUGGUGCCUCAUUUUUAUUCAGACUUCUUGUGAACAUUUUCACACAGACACUGCAAAGAGAUACAUUCAAAUGAUUGAGGCUUUUAGCACAAAGGAGAAGGAAAAUUUUAAUCACACCCCAGGGGUUCUGGAGUGCCGCUUGUCUACCCAAGUAUCAUACUAGUGGCAGAAUUGACUGUGUCCCUACUCACUGGCAGCAAAGCAGGUGCUGUGUUCCCAGGAUAUAGGACUUUUAUUAGAGGGAAAUUAUUGUAGUCAUUGACAUCAGUCAUAUAUUCUACUUCGUAUAACUGUUCAGAAAACAUUAGAAAAAUUUAAACAAAACACUUCCCUUAUGAAAACACAUCGCUCUGUGGCCCUUUUCAGAUCUUUUGUGUUUCCUGUGUUCCAUCAUACAUGUAAACACCAAAGUUAUAAUGGAAAAGUGUGAAGACCAACUUUAGACUCUGAAAGCUAAGAUGCUGAUCCUUCCUGUUAAAAUUGUAAACAACUAUAUAUCCAAACUCAAGAGAUUUUGAAAAGCAUUGUUUAAUAUCAGGUAAGGGGCAUCCAUCUUUCUUGAGGCAAAUGGUCUCUAAAGUGACACUUUGGCAUUAUAUUUACUCAUCAUUGAUCCUAGAUGACUUACUUCUCUCAAAUCCACAAGGAUUUAUUCCUUCUGAAAAUAAAGGUUUUUGCCUGUGCAUGACAGGGAUGCUAGGCAGAACUGUUAAAAGGGGAAAAGGAAGUUGAAUUAAAAUUUAUGUUCCAGAUUUAAACUAAUCAAACUAGUUGCCAUUAAUCACACAUUGUGCAGAGGCUAGGACUGCACACUGGAGAACAGCUUCAAGCUUUCAAGCUGCAGACAAGCUUUCAUGAAAAAUUCAGACCACAAGGUCUUUAACUCAAGCCAGGGUAGCCUGAAGAUGACACCUUGUACAGACACGUGAAUUUUCCAAGGAUAAUUUUAAUUUUCACUUUAUGAUAGUUGUGUGAACACUGACCGUCUUGUGAUAAGCUUAAUCUUAUAAUGCUAGAAUUUUGAAAAUUUUGUUGACUCUCUUCUCCAUUGUUACUGAUCUUGAAUUUCUUUUAUUUGCCUUCUAAGAAGGUAUUGUUUCUUAUUAUCAAAGAAUCAUGAGCAUGAUUUUACUUGCUCUCAUUUUGGGGGUAAUAUUAGAAUGUGGAUGGCAAUAUGGGUCCCAUUAUUUCUAGCCUAUUUGGUUUAAAAAAAUAAAAGUAAAAACCAAGGUAUAGCAAUCAAUUCAGCUUAAGUAUUUCUUUUUCUCUUGGAACCCAGAUUAAAAAUAGCUAGUCUUUUAAGUUCCUGACAGUUGAAAAUUUGAAGACGCUGUAUUCAAGAAAACUAGAAAAUAAGGAUACUUAAUUCUAACAUCAAAUAAUUUUCUCAUCUACCAAAUGGAAAACAGUAUAUCUGUAUAUUAAUUUUGUUUAGGAGUUGAAUCAUUUAAACCUUAUCCUUUUCUCUUUUCACCUCAUGCAUUUGUGUUGGUCUUUAUGUAUACUACCCUUUCCUGAGUUACUUUUAACAUUUCAUCUCACAGUAAUAUUAGCAAUUCUUGCCUACAUUGAACAUAUAAAAUAUACAUGUGUAAUAUAAAAAUAAAUAGGUGAAAACAUUAAUUCUUAUCACUCUGCUUUGCGUUCUGCCUAACUCACCAUAGUUGAAAAUAUAUGACAAGUUAUCUCUAAGGUAUGUAUGUCUUUAAUCAGCUGUCUUUCUUAUAGCAAAAUUGCAUAUGGGAACAGAGUCUGGAGGUACCACUGAUCUGGUAACAACCCACAGCUUUGAUGGGUGAAUGUUAGUGCUUCUUCCCAAGUGUUCCAGUUUGGACUCAGUUUCUGAUGAACAGGAAUUACAUAGCUAAGAAUGUGAGAUUAAGAUUUCUCUAUGGCCAGAAAAUUAAUAAAUCUGCUCUGUGAGUCAUGGAAAGUGCCUACAACAAUCAUCUCUCUCCAGGAAUAAAAUAGCAAAAAUGUCCAUGUCUUUUUUUAUGAUUCUCUAAGCAUUCUGAACUCUGUUGCAUUUCAUAGGCUCAUUCAGUUAACAGUAUUCCUGUGGUUUGAAAGAGCAAAUGAAAAUAAAGGAGUUCAGUUUGGAAAAUGCAGAAGCCCUACAUCUGUCCAUACCUUUUUCCUAUCAUUUCAUUUUGAGAAUAUCAUUUCACCCAGGCACUUAGUACUGAGCCCUUGGCAAAAAGUUUUCCACAGUCCUUAAUGCCAUGAAGUCUUCAUUGGCCUUUUUCUUCAUGCCUCCCUCCCAAUCUCGCAUCCUCCAGUAGAAAUAAAAAGUGAACAUUUUUACCCACCCUUAGGGUUUUCUUCAUACAGUAUACAGUUUUCCCAGGGGAAAAAAAAA